ACCAAAUACCCUUCCUUCCCUUUUUCACACAUUGUUUGAAAACUAGAACUCAGCAUAUACAAACUCCCAUGCCUGUCUUCGUUUGAUCUAACCGGCCUUGAUAUCUACAAAGCAAAACAGAGCUCUCUCUCUUUCUAAUCGACUCUGCUCAUCCUGGUAAUUGUUCGAAUUCGAUUUGUGAUCGAUAAGGCGAAAAAAUGGCGAGCCGAACUUGUGAUCUUGUAGAGCGAGUACAUCCAGCUCACCAGUUCGACCUCGAUGCUUUGCUUCGCUAUGCCUCUUCCCAUGUCCACACCUUUCCUCGCUCUCCCUCCAAAUUCUCCGUCUCUCAGUUUGGGCAUGGUCAAUCAAACCCUACGUUUCUAUUGGAAACUAGUUCGGGUUCUUCUGUGAAGCGAUAUGUGCUGCGGAAGAAGCCCCCUGGCAAAUUGCUUGAAUCUGCUCAUGCUAUUGAGAGAGAAUUUCAGGUGUGCUAUCAAAUUCUCAAUAUGUUGACUUGUAUAUAUAUAUAUAUAUCAUCCGAUGUGUGUAUUGUUACAUUGAAACAGUCACCAAUAAUACUAGUUAAAACCUGCACCACUUGAUUAAUUGUCGCAGUUCUAGGCUUUUGCUUAUAUAUGUGUUUUGUGUUCUUAUUUCAAUAUGAUAGCUAUUGAGGUAUUAGGUGUCCAUACACAGGUUCCAGUUCCAAAGGUUUUCUAUUUGUGUACUGAUUCGAGUGUAAUCGGAACUCCAUUUUACGUAAUGGAAUACUUGG